UUUGCAGGCAUGGCCAGGAUGCCUGGGCCCAGAGGUGGGAUGAUUCGGCAGCCAGCGCCACCUCCUCCCCCUUACCCAGGCCACCCUCCUCCACCGCCAUACCCAAGGACUCAG